GGAUACACACGAUAUCAAUGGUGCUCUUAACACUCCUACAAUAAUUACAACAACCUUAGACUCUGAUACCAUGAAAGGAAAAAAACUCGUCCUCGAUGACUUCCACUUGUUGAAGAAAUUAGGAAGUGGUGAUAUCGGGACCGUGUACCUUGUGGAGCCCAAAGGGUCGACGAGUGGAUGUUUGUUUGCGGCGAAAGUGAUGGAUAAAGAGGAGUUGGCCUCUCGGAAUAAGGAGGGUCGAGCGAGGAUAGAGAGGGAAAUACUCGAAAUGUUGGAUCACCCUUUUUUGCCGUCGCUCUAUGCUAUUUUGGAUUGUCCGAGGUGGUCUUGUUUGCUAACGGAGUUUUGCCCCGGUGGCGACCUUCACAUCCUCCGCCAAUGCCAGCCGGAGAAAAGGUUUCAAGAAGAUGCCGUCCGGUUCUAUGCAUCUCAAGUGGUAGCUGCCCUUGAAUACCUACACAUGUUGGGUAUAAUAUAUCGCGAUCUAAAGCCCGAGAAUGUUCUUGUGAGAUCCGACGGUCACAUAAUGCUGACCGAUUUUGAUCUUUCCUUAAUAUGCACCAACUCGUCAUCGACAGCCCAACUCAUCUACGACGACAAGACUCAUUGCUCCGACAAUGGUAAUAAUAGAGACUUAAGAAGAUCAUUCAUCUCAUCAUGUAUUAGAUCCAAUUGUGACUCGCCAAGCAUCUCAUGCUUUCGCUUUGGAUGGCAUAAGGGAAAGAAGAAGAAAAAUACGACAGAAAUUAGUGGAUACAAUGGGACCCUAAAAAUUGUAGCCGAGCCUAUAAAUGCUCGAUCAAUGUCAUUUGUUGGGACCCAUGAAUACUUGGCUCCCGAGAUUGUUGAGGGAGACGGACAUGGAAAUGGCGUGGAUUGGUGGACACUUGGCGUGUUCAUAUACGAGCUUUUCUACGGGGUGACGCCCUUUAAGGGAGUCGAUAAUGAGUGCACUCUAGCCAAUAUUGUAGCUCGAGGGGUCGAAUUUCCCGAUGAGCCAAUGGUUGCACCAAAUGCAAAAGAUCUAAUGAGGCAAUUGUUGAAGAAAGAUCCAAAGGAGAGAAUGGGUUGCACAAUGGGAGCAAGUGCAAUCAAGCCUCACUCAUUCUUCCAUGGAGUGAAUUGGUCACUAUUGAGGUGCACAAAACCACCAUAUGUCCCUAUGGACAUUGUCUCAUCUAUUGAUCAAUGUCAUGCCAAUGCCAAUAUUAAUAUAGAUUACUAUUGAAGUUUAGGGUUUCAUUAAUUUAUUCUUCUACUUUCUUCUGGUCUUUGUAUGGAGAAAAUUACGAUAUAGCUUUGUUUAGAUAUAGGUUUUUGGAAGUUUAGAAGUUAGAAAAAAAAUAAAAAGUUAGUAUUUGAUUUGAUGUUUUGCGAGAGAAAAAAUGUAUUUGAUGUGAUAUUUUUUGAAAAAUGA